AUGUUUGUUCGUUCGUAUAUCAUUGCCGCCGCUGCGGCUACUCUUUCUUCUACCGUCUUCGCCCAGGAUGUCUCCGAACCUUUGACUGAAGUCACCGAGAAAGUGUCAAGAAACGACGAUGCACCAGAAUCUAUCUUCCAACGAGACGACGGCGUCUGCUAUGCAUUCGGCAUCGACUUCCAAGAUGGCGGCAGCUACUUCAUCGAUUCACGAUCCAACGCCAGCUUUACUGCAGUCUCCCAAUUCGAAGGAUGUCAGAAUGACACGUCUUACAUCCUGCUUGUGAACGACGAGACUGGCGAUCAAUACGAAUGCAGCAGCGUGCCGACCGUGCCUGAAGACACUGCACAACUCUCGACCUGCCCGAUUGAGAAGAAUCAAAUGGCCACUGGCAACUGGAGCAUCCUUGCCAUUGGUAACAACGGCGCCGAAGGCGAUCCAUUCGCAUGGCAGCGCAACUUUUUCAUUUCCGUCGGCAUUCCAGAGACGACUACAUACACACCGACUGUUACAUACACACAAACUUCAACGCCAAUUACCACUACUACUUCCACAUCUGUCAUCCAGACUACAUCAACAGUUCCAAAUACACAGACAAUCACGGUCCCUGGUGUCGUCAAGACCAAAACAAUCACGCCCAAGCCCGUAACAACCACGAGCAAGAAAAUGAUCACCCGCACGUUCAACCGCUGGACCAAAACCCAAGUCAUAAUCACACAAACCACUACAGCCUCCUGCACAGUGCCUCCGCGCCCUCACUUCCCGGAUCCAGAAUGCCACGUCAUCCCAACCAUCAUCCCAAUCCCGCGAGGCCUCAAAAUCAACGCCAAACGCGCCGACAAGCCCGUCCCAAUCGAAUACGCCCGCAAACGCUUCGAAUCCGCCCGCGCCGCCAAAGCCCGCACUGAACAAGAACUCGCCGCUCGCGACAACAACCUCGCCGUCCGCUCCCCGGACGCCCCAACCAUCACCAUCACAGCCCAAACAGCCGUGAAUAGCACAACAACGAUCUACGCAUCUACCUCCACCAUCACGGACGUCACGCUGACCACCUCCACGGCGCUAAUCACGAACCCGCCCUCGACAAUCAAGCAGGGCGUCCUGACCAAAACCAUCACGAUCCCGCCGAAGACGAAGACGAUUACCCGCAUUGGAUAUACCGUGUCGUAUAAAACGAAGACGAUGAGUCUUACGUGGACGCGCACGACGACGGUGACGCCCACGGCGCAGGUGACUGCUUGUAAGCGGAAGGGGGGACAUUUUGGGAAGGCGGAUCUUUAG